UGGCCAUCGAUUUUUCCACCACAGUCCGAACGCACAAAGAGCUCUGCUCAACACUCCUUGUAGAUACCCAUCGCAGGACAAAGGCAGAGCACACAGGCCAGCAGCUCUCUCCAGGAAUUUUCGCAAGGACUAGAGGAAUUUGUGACAGAAACCAAAGAAAAAUGCAUGCAAGAUUUGCGGAUCCCGAGCCUGCCUCCCCGGACAGUCCGGACAGAAUUGAAACGGAAUCGCUGGAGACGAGGAUCGAGGCGUUCAAGCAGAAUCCCCAGAAUAUGGCAGCUCUGCGGGCGGCGCUGGACGAUGUGGUCCAGCAGGCCGAGUCGGAGGCCAACAGGCGAGCCAUUGAGAGCCAGAAAUCGCAACAGGGCAAGGAGAAGCGCCAGAGUUUCGCCAUACCAGAUUUUAAGAACGGCAAGGUGGUGAACCGAGCCCGCAGCUUUGUGGUGCGCAUCUUCGAUGCCAUCUGCAAUUGUGCCAACAACAAUGCGGCGGCGGCCACGACGCGUUUCAAGCUGAGGAGCAACAGUGGCGGUGGAGGAGGAGGAGCUGGUGGCAACGAUGGCAAACGUCAGCAAUCCCAGGACGAACCGGAGACCCUGGCCCUGACCAAGAAGAAGCCGGCUGGCGAGGGCAAAAAGAAGAAGGGCGUCAGCAUGGCCGACGAUGUCCAGGCCGGCGUACGUCUGGUGGACUAAGGAGGCAAUAAAGGACAUCGGUUGAUCCUGCAAUGUGAAAAAUUAAUCAAAAACCAUCUACAAUCUACGAUCACAGCUAUUGCAUUCUGUCCUCCAUGAAGUUCACUUGGAUUCUUUCGGACAAGAUCAUUUUCUUGCUCAAUCUCAAGCACAAAAUCCACUCCAUGAAGUCUUCCCCUGAAGACAUAAAAUUAUAUUAUAAGAAUCGUAAAGUCCUGUUUCUGUUUCGAAACUGAAAAUGUUAAAAAGAAUUAAUGUCUGGCUUCGGUUUUAAAAAUUGUCAAAAAUAUCUAGCUAUCUAUUAUUUGUUCUAGAAUGUUUCUAAAAGGAUAACUCUUUCUAAAAGGAUCUAUUUAAGGACACUGUUCUCCCUCCAAUCUUAACCUACUUUUUGACAAUUUUUGAAACUGAAACCGGACCGAUUUGAAAGCUUUAGAUCUCUAUUGUUUCGUAAACCCUAAAAUGUGAUCCCUGAUGGAAAUUAAGAGACAAAAACUCGAACACGAAGCACAAAAACUCUAGGCUAGUUGGGGAAAGUGGAGAAGGAAGAACCAACCUCCCAUGCCACCAACCACCAACCUACUCUCGAGGCUUUAUCCCACGCACAACACAAUCAUUGGUAGGCAUUGCUCCAAGUCAAGUUUAAACACAGGCCUGUCAGACUCCACCUAAUUGUAACUGUACGAUAUAUCAAAAUAAUUAUACAAUACCUACUUUGUAUUUGUGGAUGCCCCCCAGGUGUGUACCGCGAACCUAUUUAGAAAAAUAUGUCUGUGUGUCUAGUAGUUGCGAUUAUAUUUUCGAACUAAAGGUUCAAUAUACAUACAAGCAUAAAUGUGUACUGAUUUUAUAUACAAUGUACUAACUAACUAACUACUAUAUACAUAACAUGUAAAGAAGUGUUUCCAGUUUUUUAGUUUAGUUUUAGUUUAGAUUUGUGAACCAUUUUCUGACAAACCUCACCGGUUUCCUCCUCCUCAAAUGUCAUUACCGCUCUCUAUAUGGAUAUAUUUUUGUGAGGCCCUUUUUGGAGAGAUCUCUAAAGAAGCUCCAACUCAAAAAAUGACUAACUUUGUAAACAUAUUUGCAAGAAAAGAGUUUUUUAUAAGGUUUUGCAUUUAUUUUGUAACCUCCCAAAUGCAAAGAUCUCCCUGAGUUUCCCCAAGAAUCAGUUGCUAAGCCAAUAUAAUACUAUGAAAUUAUGCGAAAUGCAAAUAUAAAACUGUUGUAUUUAGUUAACAAUAUCAGCAAUAAAGUGUAACAAUGUUUAAAAUUCAA